GACAGUCAGCGCGCAUCUCCUCACGAGGAAAACCAUCGAUCUCCCGGACAUCUCCACUCGGAUUAUAAUUCCUCCCCAAGCCCUUAUCUUUCUACGUUUCUGUUUCAACACCAGAGAAACACUUACAGGCUGCGCUGGUCGUUAACCCCGAAAAGUACAAUCGCUCAACAAAAAACUAAAAAAAUCCCCGAAUUGAAAUCCUGUUGAAUCAACUCAACUCGCUACUCAAGGGGCUUUUGGUGGAUGUCCGCAGCAGGGCGCAUUUUGGGAUCAAGGAAACUCCGCUCGGUUGCGCGUCUUCCGCGACGCGUCUAUGUCCGACAGGUGCGCCGCGCGGCAGAGACGCGACAGCGGCACGAAGUGGUGCGCUACUGGUGAGAGAGACGUAAUGGUGCAGACCCAACUACUGGGGACCGACCUGGAGUGAAAACAUGUGGACUCGGGACGCAGCGUGCAACAGAGCGCUCUCAGCAUGAGGAAGAGCCGAUAUUGGGUCGCCAACAUGGGACUUCCUCUGCUUCUAAGAUGGCUCGCCGUCACCGUCCUGCUGCCAGUCUGCCUGUGCACCCCCCCGAACGGGGCACGGGAACGGCCCUGCACCCCUAGUUGCCGGUGCGACGGCAAAAUCAUCUACUGCGAGUCCAGCGCCUUCCGCGACGUGCCCCACAACGUGUCGGUGGGCACCCAGGGCCUCUCGCUACGCUACAACAGCCUGGCCGGCCUGCGGGCCAGCCAGUUCGCCGGGCUCACCCAGCUGGUCUGGCUGUACCUCGACCACAACUACAUCAGCGAGGUGGACAGCCAGGCCUUCCACGGGGUCCGCAGGCUCAAGGAGCUCAUCCUCAACUCCAACAAGAUCACCGUGCUCCAGAACGACACGUUCAACGACAUCCCCAACCUCCGCAACCUCGACCUCUCGUACAACAAGCUGCAGGCGCUGCAGCCGGGGCAGUUCCAGGGCCUCCGCAAGCUGCUGAGCCUCCACCUGAGGUCCAACUCCUUGAAGACGGUGCCCAUGCGCGUCUUCCUGGACUGCCGUAACCUGGAGUUCCUGGACAUCGGCUACAACCGGUUGAGGAGUCUGACGCGCAACGCCUUCGCCGGCCUGCUGAAGCUCAUCGAGCUCCACCUGGAGCACAAUCAGUUCUCCAAGAUCAACUUCGCCCACUUCCCCCGCCUGACCAACCUCAGAGCACUCUACCUGCAGUGGAACCGCAUCAAGUCCAUCACCCAGGGCCUGCCCUGGAUGUGGACCUCGCUGCACAAGCUGGACCUGUCGGGGAACGAGCUGCAGGAGCUGGAGACCAGCACGUACCAGUGCCUUCCCAACCUGCAGACCCUCAACCUGGACUCCAACAAGCUGAGCAACGUGUCCCAGCAGGUGGUCAACGCCUGGAUCUCUCUCACCACCAUCAGCCUGGCGGGCAACGUGUGGUUCUGCAACCCCAGCAUCUGCCCCCUGGUGGCCUGGCUGCGCACCUUCAAGGGCAACAAGGAGUCGGCCAUGAUCUGCUCCGGCCCCAAGGAGGUCCAAGGGGAGAAGGCCGACGACGUGGUAGCGGCGGCCAAAACGUGCAGACCCACCGUCGCACCCAUGACGACCAGACCGACCACCACCGCCACCGCCGCUACGUCCACCACCGCCGCCAGCACCACGGACCCCACCUCCGUCACCGCGACCUCCACGGACACCACGGACUUCACGGACGCCAGCAGCACCACGCCGGCCCAGGCCCAGCCCUCCGUCGCCCCUUCUCCCUCCGGGCCGGACGAACGGUCGACGUGGAACAAGGCAGCGUCCCCCGUGCCCUCUCCCACGGGGGGGUCCCCGACGGCACCCCCACCGCCGCCGCCAGACACGGAGUACGUCUCCUUUCACAAGAUUAUAGCUGGUACCGUGGCCCUGCUCUUAUCUGUGGCCAUAAUUCUCCUGGUUAUCUACGUGUCGUGGAAGCGCUACCCCAGCAGAAUCAAGCAGCUCCAGCAGCGCUCGUCGGUCACAAAGCGACAGAAGAAAGCGCGGGAGACCAAUCGCUCAGUGAGCUCCCCCCUGCAGGAGUACUACGUGGACUACAAGCCGUCCCACUCGGAGACGAUGGACGUGCUGGUGAACGGGACUGGGCCCUACACGUACACCAUCUCGGGGUCCAGGGAGUGUGAGGUAUGACCGGGCGAACCUCCAGAAGAAGGCCGUUUCCACAGAGAGGCGG